CACACACGGACGAGAAAGUAAAAAGAGUAGACCAAAAGAGUUUUUAUGUGUGCUGGGUUCUUGCAAGAGUCGACAGCGAUCGGGAAGAAAACUUUUUUUUUUGCAAUCUACGCCUAGCUAGUUUGAUGUGUGUAUUUUUGGAAACGGAUCGUAACUGGCCCGUUCGGAAGCGGAUCUAAUAAUCGAAUAAAUACGUGGUACAUUCCGCAAACGUGCCGAAGCACGGGGAAAGCGGCGGAAAAGUUCACGGCGACGACGACGACGAAGAUACAGUGUGGUCAGCGCAAAGAGGAGGUGCGGUACAAUUGAAAAAUGUCUUCUGUCCUGCAACAAGAGCCCUCGGCAGCGGCGUUGAGUACACCGGUGCAACCCGAGCAGACAAACGGGCAUUCUGGAAGUUGUGUUCAACAACAAAAACAAAACAAUGAAAAGGAUGUUCAUUAUUGGCAGCGAUCGCUAGAGGUGCUAUCGCAGAAAGUAAUUGUUGGCUAUACAGCUAAUGCGAACAAUAAGAAGAAGCCAACUCUAUUGAAACAAGAGGAGAGCGAACAACAUUCUUGCGGUAACCAAGAUUCGGUACCUGCUAAUACUUCCGUGGCUAAGAGCGUUCCAAGCGAUGGCGAAAAUGCGGCUCGCGACUACGGUGACAAGUUGGAGGAUACCGAACAACACGACAGCAAUUUAUUUCUGUUGAAUUGUUGUUGUGAAGCUUGCCUUAACCAUCGGGAAACUAUUAUACAGCUUUUUGUAGAAGAUUUUGAGUAUAAUACAUUAUGGGAGCGGUUGCAACUAUUAAUCAAGAAAUUUUACGAUUUUAUACCAGACGACAAGGAUUCCCAGCUAUACGGUCGCUAUAUGGACCUGAUGGAUAAAUCCUCCCUGAAAUGGAUGACGGAUGGGCGUAUCAAUACCAAGAAAAACAUACAAAUCUCCCUUGGCUCCAACCUGCCGCUGUCCAACGAGAUGACGUUCAUUUUGGUGUUCAGCAUGUUGUACACGCGCGAUCCUCAUCAGUUGUUCGAAUUGCUUUGUCUCCAGCUGCGUUCGAUUGUGAAGGCAUACAGCCAAGGGCUGCAGGAUCUGAUCAUCGAAACAAGCGACGGGGAGCUGAAAUAUAAUCCCACGGAAUUGGUAACUUAUAUUCUCGACGGUUACGAUAGACUGUUGCACUCUUCCAAAGAGCUAACCCCGUUACUGUUCGAAUUGCAACGGGGACAUCUGCAUAAAUUUCGUCUCACGUGGAAUUUGAUAAACAAACGCAUGUAUGAAAGGUUUGUGUAUUUCGAGGUGCAGAAAAUCAUCCCCGAUUGUAUUGUGAAGCUGAAGGAACUGUUGCAUGAGGACGAUUACAAGUCUAUAGUGUGUCGGUUUAUCCAUUUCGAUAACGAUAUGAAUGCGAUGACGCAGACUUGGUGUGAUGCUUGGUGUCUACUGCACGAGUACCACAAAACGCGGGAAGAUGCGGCUCGCAGAAAACGUAUCCAUUCAGCUCAUUUGCUGCUUCUGACCGUUAGAGAAUCGGAGUUCAACUUCGACGCAGAGGUGUUGCAGCGAAGGGAACGUUCGAUCGUGGAAUGGCUACCGGUGGACGACCGAUGCUUGGUAUGGCAAUAUGCGUUGCAUAACUUGAAAACGAAAUGGAUUGUCUGUACCAAUCCCAGGCUAACGGCGCCGAUCGUUAACAUCAAUUGUAAGAAAUGCAAUAAUACCUUGGCGGCGCAUCAUGUCGAAUGUAUCUGUCGCACUUGUAUGCUUGCGGGUGGUACAUGUUACGUGGAGCCGAAAAAGGAAUUGUAUUGCGCCAAGUGUUCGUUCUUCAACACGUUGGAUCAACAUUACAGCGACUACGUAGGGAGUUCCUCCAGAAAGCCGUCCGGUGAAAAAAGCUUGAAAAAACAUAUUAAUGGUAUGAUUGUAUCUUCUCAGUCAUCGUCAUCGAGGUCAACAGUAGAAAUUGCGUUAGUGGAACCACCUGAGAAAGGAACAGGAGUUGGGAAUUCUCCUGCAAUUGCUACGAGAGACACGACCAAUUCCACUUCCAAAUUGGACGUAACGAAGAAAAGUUCAAACAACAACGCUAUUCUCUACCAUAUUUCGUGGGCUAUGUUCAAGCAUAUACCGGGCAGACAGGCCUACACAUGGACAACGCUUGAACCGAAGCGCUUCUGCAUCUUUCAAGCCGAGCCUUGCAAAAUGAACGCAUGUCGGAUUGCAAUCAAUAUCAUUGCCAUGCUCUAUCCUCUGAAUUUGUCCAAAUUUUUGAUCAAAUCCUAUUACCCCCUGAAGGACAACGAGCGAAGGAGAAUGGUAGAAAAUUGGAACACCGACGUUAAGCAAUUUAUGCAGAAGUUUUGCGACGAUAUCAACAAACGAUGGCGAAAGGAAGUCGUUGAUCGAAUUCAUCCGCUGCAUUUCCUGGAUUUACUUUGGGAAGCGGACGAUGCUGAUUCAGCGUUGUUGGGUAACAUGGCUUCAGCUUUCGCGGAGUGGUUCCUAAUAGAUUUCCAGUGCCCACAUCGAAAUACCAUUUAUCAGUAUUUCAUUAAGUUUUUCUUGGCGAAAGGCUCCGAUAUAGAGUUCGACAUGAAUUGCUUCGAGUGUAUAAGUUGUUCGCGGUUGUUUAACUGGUGCACGCCCGCAUCCCCACUGAGACAGAUGAUUGUGGAUGAUAUGCACAACAAAAUAUUGAGAGUCAACUGGAGCGCUAUUUUGCCAGAGGAAGCGCUUGCAGCGAUUAUUGGGUGCAGUGCGUCACCGGCUUUGACUGCAUGUGACAAGUUAUCUGCGGUAAAUAGUAUUUUUAUGCCCGCGGAUUCUGUUACAAUGGACUCAAAUGAUGGUCCACCCUCUAUGUCUGAUGCAGUCGCCGAUCCUAUCGUGAAACUUUGCACGAGCGAUGGUUCCAUCUGUAAGGAUUGCAAAAGUAAUUUUGCUGACGCGGUGACCAAAACGGAAAUUUUCGAAAAGGAGAUUAAGCAACCGCUGGUGGAGGCUCUCAAACUUGCUGCUAGUAACAAAGUACUUGAAUCCGAGCUGCAAAAUCUUCAAAAGGAACACACCAUGCUGAAGGAUAUGGUUCGUGAUUUGGAACAAAUACACGAGCAUAAGCAUAGUUACAGCACCAAUCAGCCGGAGUGCAACGGCAUCGGUAAUGACACUAGUACUGGUACGAAUAGCACAAAUAAACCACACAACAUUGCAAAGAAUAUCAACAAGGUCAAAAAUGUCGCAAAUGACAACUCCAAAUCCAGUGAUGUUGUCCCGCAAAGUGGAGGUGCAAUAAUACCAGCAGUGUCACCACCCAUCAUUAGUGGUAGUCCAAUUGUGAAAAAAUCAGCCACGACUGUCAUUAAUAGUCCCACCAAAAUCAUGCCCAAUCAAUCAACAUGUGCUCCUCCCAAAACGGUUGCACAUAUACAGCAAUCUAACUCGAAACUAUGUGCGCCAGGAACGUCGUCGCCACAAACGGGUAAGGUUGUAACGAAAGUUACAAAUACAACACAGAAGAGAACUGGCCCAGUAAAUCUGCCACCUUCGCCAACGACGCCAGUUCCACCUCAAAGCAAGGUGAGCUCGAUGGCUGCAAGUCUGCAUUCAGCUCCAGUUGCGUCAACUGUGUCCCCCUCCACGAGCAUAAGUAGCAAUGGCACUGGUAGUUCAACUAGUCCGCAUGCGAUACAAUGUAAGGAGGAACAUAAGAAGGCAUGUCACCGUGGUGUUAACGGAGGCGAAAAAGGAGACGGUUCUUGUGUGUGUUAUUAUUGCACACUUUUCGGACAGAGCGUUUGUUUGGAAUGCAACCAUAACCAGCGAACGAACGAAACGCGCGAUCGACUGCGAAAGAAAAUAAAACAGUUGCAAAGUAAUAAAGAUACCCAGCAAAUGAAAUCGUUGAAUCUCAAAAACAUUAAGAUUCCUCCAGGCGGUUUGCUCAAGAAGAUUAAUACCAACAAGAGCAAUUCGACGAAUGCAGUAUCGACGGGUAAUGCUGUCGCACCAAGUACCGCCGCAUCCAAAGGAGCAACCUACACGAAGACGGAAGUCACAAAAAACAGCAACGUAAUGGCUGGCUCGGUUGUUACGAACCUAACAACGGCUGCCGCAACCACGGCUAAGGUUCCUUCAACAGUAACAACGCCGCCCGCGAGCAAGUCCCUUUCUUCAGCCAUUACAACCAAGAUGAACGGUACAGCAAUAAGGAAUGAGGUAUCCCACCCUCUAUCGAUACCGCAACAGACUCCGAAGAUGAACAUAAACCCGAUCGUUCAAGUGAAAAAGGCCCCACCACCAUUGACCACAGUGGAAGAACAGUCACUAGAUGAUAUUUUGAAGUUUAUUGAAGGUGAUGAUGCAGCUAAGCAGGCAAGCAACAAGAAGGUUUCUAAGAAGAUCAAACAGAAACAGAAGAAACAUGACCUGAAGAAAAUUAGCGAACUUGGCGAACUCAGCCAGAAAUUCUCUGAGUUUCAAUUGGAGGAACAAAAUGCUCAAAAAAGGUUACAAUUCCAGCAGCAUCUGAAGAAAAAAGACAAAAAUCAACUUUUGGAUGACAUUAAAGCCUACGAAGAGAAGAAGAUCCAACUACAAACCGAUAUUAACAACCUAGUUUCUAGCAUACGCAGCAGUAAUCCUGAUUUCAGUUUUAGAUUCGAUGAUGGCUCCAGCAAACCUGCGGCGAAUUCAGCGAAGGAAAGUCCGAUGAAGGUUACAUUGGUUAAACGACCAGCGCCAUCCGGAACGUCUUCUAGUGUGCAGCGGAAUACCAACACAAAGCAUCUGCAGAAACAGCUUCUUCAACAGCAAACUUCCACUACUGAUGAGGCAACAGUUCCAAAGAAUGUGAGUAAGGAAGGUCUAGGUCGAAGAAUGGUAACAAUUAAGCGAACCAUCGUGUCACAUUCCGAACCACAGGUUACUGUCACCGCGAAGGGGCCCUCACCAGACCAGGAUAAACUGUUGUGCACUUUCGUAAAUGGUCAAAUUUUCCCGGCAAAUGGCGCAAUUCCACCGCCUGAGCCUGGUUCUCCGUUGCAACAAGAGUAUGAGCAGUUCGAGCAGUCCCGGAUGAAACGAAUGUUCAGUGAUGCGUGUGACUUACUGAUGAAAAAUGCGGUUACCACGGACAGUGACGUGAUGAUAGCUGAGAAGCUAUUGAAACUGAGCUUCCGAGAACAGCCGCAACAAUUUCAGGUACAAGCUGUCCGAAAGAUAGACGAACUUGUCGGGAAACUACAAGACAACGGUAGAUUGGAGGAGAAAAAGAAAGAGAAUAUUAUCUCGCUGAUCAGCAGACUGACUGUUAAAUUGGCACAGAUUCACAAACCGAUAAGUACGAUGAGCAAGACACAAUCAAAUGCUGCUAUGCAAAUUCCGCAGAAGACGAGCCAUAGACUGGAGCUGGAAGACGAGCCACCGUGUGAUGAAGGGAAAAAGAAGAAAAAGAAAAAGAAGAAUUCAUUGGCGGACGAAAUAAAUGAGAUCGACGAAAUCGUUGCCAAACUUGAUGGGCUCGAUGUUAGCGGUGGUCCGAAGAAGGGAGCGGAUAAAAAAGGACCGAUGAAGAUUUUGAAUCGAAAAAUGAGCAAAGAUUCGAUCAGCUCGAACGGAAGUACCCAUAAAAUGAAGGAUGAAAAAGAGAAUAAGAGUAAAGAAAAAAAUAGAAACGAUUCUGGCAAAGAGCGAUCGAACAAAAUCACAGUGAAGGAAACAGAGGUUAAGAAAAAAGUGGUACGUAAAAAGAAUGACGGUUAUAUCGACCCCGAAUUUGACAAUAACACAUUCAAGUUGCUAAAAGCGGAUGAUUCCGAAUCGGAGAUAGAAGAAGAGAUUCAAGUGGAGGAAGAGAAGAAAGUUUGCACUGUGGGUAAAUGUGAGAAUGUGAAACCAGAAACAACGUCCACAGCUUCAUUGACACCACUUUCUCCAAAAAUCGAUGAUUCAGCGCUGACACCAGUUAUGGUUACAGCGAAUAAAAAAGUUAAUAAAAAGAAGAAUGAGAAAAUGAAGAAUUCAGUUGCUCCAUCGUGUGAUAUGAGCAAAGAGUCUAAGCAAGUGAAGAAUAAGGAAAACUUGUCUCCUGCUUCGGUACCGAUUGUUCAGAAGAAUUCUAAAAGCGUCAAUUCCAACGGUAAUAUUAUUAAUAACGAAAAGCCUCUUUCGGCUGGAAUUAAAUUAUCAAUUCUUGAAAAUCCCGAUUCGUCAAAGCGACAAAAGAAACUCAGAAAGCAAGAUCAAGUUAAAACAAACCAAUCCAAGUCUCCUGUACCGAAUCGUAGAUUUGAGAAAACAUCGAAAAAUCCGGAGAAAGCCUCGAAAAGAAAUGACCGUAAUUUGAACGUCAAUGAACAGAUGGUUGAAAAUAACGUACCAGUGACCACGUCCCGAACGGGAACCUUCCCCAAAAUUCCGAACACAUUCCCACCGGGUGAUAACUCAUUUGGCGCUAGCAUAAUGGACCAACUCAGUCGUGGAAUUCGCGUGGAGGGACUGCAGUUGCCUCCAGGCAUCACGCUGACCCGAGUGGAUGCCGCCCAGGCAGAAGCGAUAAAGGCAAAACGGGAAUCGAUAAAGAAGAUUUGCGAGCCAAUGCGAACGGUUCAAAUGGAACGACCAAUAGUUUCCCCUCCACAGCUCAUGAGUUCUUCCGGUGUUAUAGGCCCAGGAAUGUUGAUGAUGAAUACACUGAUGGUGCAACCAACUGUUAGCACGGUUCCCGGCCAGGAUGCCAUUAUCAUGGUCGAUACCAAUAGACUUAAGGAGCGUGCAACAGGUGAAAGUGACACAACAACUAAACAAAAUACUUCAUCUAAAAAAAAUAAGCGCAAAAAUAAAAACAAAAGUAAGCAUGACUCAUCAAACGAUAGCCACUCCACAUCGGAUGGCAACAAAAAUAAAACAGAGAACAAAAUCGUGACACUUCGCAAUCCAAUGUUCCACACCGUUACUCCCGCAAAAUUGUCGUCUUCGGGAGAUUCUUCGUCAAAGAAUGUCACAAUGGGACACGAUCAGCCGGCUGCAAUAUUCAAAAAUAACAACGGAAUGUUCACUAUACGCAAUCCACUGCUUCAUCAAUCCAUUGGGGGUGAAGAAACUCCCUCGACGGCCGGUUUUAGACCAUUCAACAGUAGUUACUUGGUAGAGAACGGUAUAUACCCGCAGCCUACAUCAGUGGCACCACCUAACACAACUGCCACAACGAGCAUGACUCAUCCGAAGCGACAACAGAUGGCGAUGAAGGAUUCAAAUUUCGUAUCGUAUGUGCCGGCGCCCAGUUCUCCAUCAUUUCGAACUGCAGGGGUGGAAACACCACGAAAGUGCAACUCAGUCAUUGGGAGUGAGAUGAAAAGUGCACAAAAACAAAAGCAAUUACAGCAUCAUCAUCAGUCCCAUAACCUACAUCACAACCCGUGGCAACAAUUGAAUGGCCAAAGUUCUACGGCGAAUGAUAUGUUUAAUCCACUUUCGAUGUCUGAACAGCCUUCAACACAGCGGAGUUAUUCGCCCUUCGAGCGUCUACAGCACGGUUUAUCUGGCAGUCAGGAUUAUGUGGACCCCCGAAUUCCUUCCAACACUUUAUUCCCUCUAGCCUCAACAGCAACACUGAUGAAUGCGAUUGGAUCGGAGAGAUCGCAAGCGAGGGCGCAGGCUGCCAUGUCGGCUAGCGCUAAUACCAGCUGCAGAAGAUUGUUCCCCGCAAAUGACCCCUCAGCUGUUGCGUCUUCAAGCAGCCCACAUUUUAGUGAUAAACCGCCGAGUGGAAAAAUAUACGAUGAAUUGGGAGCUAGCGCAAGUUCAACGAACCCCAAAUAUGAUGAUAUCUCAUUUUUACAGAACUUACAGCCGGGUCAGCGAUUAAAUAGUGAGGUCACAAUUCACAAUAUCAACGAGUCGAAGUUUCUUCGACAGCAAGGACAAAAUCUGUCGAAUGAUAUCGAAAUCACCCGGAUACCUGCACCGGGAAGCUCGAUAUCGUCCGGGUUCAGUCAUUCACCGCAGACCACGCGUCCCUUGUUGAUGUCUCCGGCUGGAUCCACCAUCAGCAGUGAAACGGCUGCAGCGGGUGCAUCGUCCUCGAUUACAGGUGUAAGUGCAGCCACUCCCAAUAGCAGUGUUUCGACCGCUACCAGCAUACUCAACGAUAUCGACUCACGUUUCUUCAUGCAGAAUUAUCAGCAGCAACAGCUACAUCUGCAACAUCAGCUACAGCAACAGAUGCAACAACUUCAGCUGCGGCCAAUUAGUCAGCAGCAGCAACAGCAACUUAUUGGAGAAUAUGGAGAAAACAUUUUCGCUCCGAACCAGAUGGUGAACCUAAACGAACUGGAAUCAGAAGAGCGUGACAUUGAGUCGUUCAAGCGAUUCAACUAUUAUUUCGAUCCGCCGAAAAAUAAGCCCAAAAUCAACUUGAACGUAAAGGACAUAGUGGCAAACAGCAAGAAGUCAACCGGUGCUACAGGAAACAAUUCCAAUGGAAGUGGCAGUAGUGGUAGUAGUAGCAGCGGUAGCAGUAGCAGCCGUAGCAGUGUCAGCAACGAUAACAAUCCCGGUGGCGUCAGUAUUGGUGAGGAUAUUCAACCAAUCAGACCACAGGCCCCAAUAGGAACACCCUCGCAAAAACAUCUUCGACAGCAGCAGGGCACUCCGGUUUCCUCUGUUGGAACAGGUGUUUCCACGAUGAACUACCCGGCCACAUCGGACAGUCCGGUUUCCUCGGUAUCAAUUUUCGAUGGAGUAUCUUCGUCGAUGAGUAGUCACGCGCACUCUUGUGAUGAUUUGUAUAAUGAUUUGCUUACGUCGACGGGCAAUCUAAACUUGAACGUAAACUUGAAUUUUACCCAACAUCAACAAACGAACUCGGAUGUUGUGGUGUAUGACAGUGGACUUCCAGUUGGGGUUGGUGGUGGCGCGCCGUGUCUUGCUAGUGCGGGAAGUUCCUCGUCCGGAGCUGACAGGAAACCCACAAACGAAAUGUCACAGAGUAUUAUCAGCAAUUAGGGUCGCAUAAUGUGAUAAGGAAAGGUUCCCGCCCGUUUCAGGGUUUAUUACCAUUGACUGUUGGCCUGCAUACACUCCACGCGGCCAACAUUCAAGCAAAUUUUCAAAGUUGCCUUCAAAACGAAGUGCCAUAGAACUACUUGCCGGAUGAAAUGAAAUACAUUUAAACAAAAAAACAAAAACACGUCAGAACAACCUGUUUCGGAUAUGGGAACUUCUAGAUGCUCGAAAACCGGGAACUUUACCGCCGAGCAAAUAUAUUUACUGCCACUAAUUAAUACAGAACAAUUGUUCGAACGAAUGUCUUUGAUGCACGCGGAUCGAUGAGGCUUAUUGCCCCAACAUGAAGAAACCUCUGAGAGGAGUUAAGACAAAUUGGUAAAAACCAUUGCUAAAUCAAAUGUUUUAAUGAACACCAAAUAAAUCGAGUAAAUCGAGAAAACAAGCGCGCAUUUAGGGCGCCCGUUUGAUGCUUUAAUGUGUUUAUCAAAUACUCUCAAAAAUACUUUUGCUAAGCGUGCAAGUUCUAAUACCGGGUGAUGAUUGCAGAUUUUUUUAGCAGUUGUUCGGACAAAGGAAACGAUUAUGCCAUAGGCAGAAAGGAGUCGAUAUCCAGAGAAGGUAGAUGCUGAACAGCCACGCUGUUAGGGUUGUUAUAAAACUAUUAAUGCAAGGUAGCUUUCGGAGGUCGCGUUUUCAUGUACUCAUUAAGGAGGAUUGCUUACGAGUUAAAACACUUGUACUUUUGUUUAUAAUAAUAUGUUUUGUCGUUUAGUGGCGCGAAUCCACGUUUGGUUCUUGAUUUGAACUGCAGAAGCAUGUUGUGUGGCGUAGAUUUAUUAUUGAGAUAAUGGAAACAUUGCAAAUGACAGUGAGAGCCGGUAGGGUAGACACAUUUCAUUACGCCCAUGCUCAUCAAUGAAAUGGUGCAAAAAUAAUAUGUUGAAGCCGUGUGUGUUCCUACCGCAAAAAUGCUGUAUGCAAAAUCUUUUAUUUUGGUAAUGACUGCACGCGUCAGGGGAUUAGUUCCCUGAUCGGGAAAUGUAAUGUUGCUCUAAUUAUAUUGUAAAUAUAUCCCUUACAAAUGAAGAAAAGAUCAUUGUGUUGCAGUAACUGAGCCGCAAUGAUUAGAAAAUAUGAGAAAUUUUUCCUUAUUUAGUGACCCAAGCAUCUGGUCUAGUCU